AGGUGAGCCUCGCAGACAGAGAUGCGCGUUAUGGAGCGCACUUUCCGGGAGCAGCUCUUCUUUCUGGUGUUGUGCCUGUCCGUCCUCAAGGGAGACUCCAGGUAUAUUGAGAACAACGAAAUCACAAAAGAUGAAUUAUAUUCAUUUUUCAACUCGGAACUCAAGAGAGAAAUGCCCGAAGAGUUGAUGUAUCGCCGACCUUUACGUUGUCUGGACAUGGUUGCAGUGGAGGGCCAGUUCACCUUCACAGCAGAGCGCCCUCAGCUCAGCUGUGCCGCUUUCUUCAUGGCAGAGCCCAAUGAAGUGAUCAGUGUGGAUUAUGACAGCGUUGACAUUGACUGCAUGGGAGGAGACUUCAUCACUGUGUUCGACGGCUGGGUGAUGAAAGGGGAAAAGUUUCCCAGCACCCACGAUCACCCACUGGCUUUGUUCGAGCGCUAUGUGGAUUACUGCGACUCUGGAUCGCUGAGGAAAAGCGUGCGCUCUUCUCAGAACGUGGCCAUGGUCUUCUUCCGCAUUCACAGUGCCGGCAGCAGCUUCACCCUGACAGUCAGGAAACACACCAACCCCUUUCCCUGCAAUGUCAUGUCACAGUCACCAGAGGGCAGUUACACAAUGGCGAUCCCACAGCAGCACAGAAACUGCAGCUUCUCCAUCAUAUAUCCAGUAGAGAUCAGCAUCUCAGAGUUCAGCCUGGGCCACUACAACCACCUCCCCAAGAGAUCCAUGCCCGGAUGUGCAGAAUCAGGGGACUUUGUACAGCUGCUGGGGGGAAAUGGCAUUGAUACAUCAAAGCUGCUUCCCAUUACUGACCUCUGCAUCGCUUUCACUGGACCAACUCACAUGAAGAUUGGCUGUGAUAACACUGUGGUGAGGAUGGUGUCCAGCGGGAAGUUUGUCAACCGCGUGUCUUUCAGCUACAGGCUAUUAGACAGCCAAGAGCUACAGACGAUCAAACUCAACAAUGUGGAAGAUUUCUGUUUCAAUAACUGAUCCUAACAGGAUCUUAUGUGACAAAUGUAGCAUUUGACUGCAAAUGUUUUUAAAACUGCUUUAAGUGAAAGUAACAGUCAGUCCCUCUGAUUAGAUAAAAUGUCUGAGGACAUUGAAAUAAAAGUGUACGAAAAAUAAAAGAUAAGUGUCAUAGGACUAUUAUGAUAUUACACACUCCACUUUACAUUUUUUUAAAAUAGAUUUUUCUUUUAAAUUUCAUUCAUCUUAUUGUAAAUAAAUUUAAUUAAGUGUCAUUUUGUGUUUGGUGGAACCACACUUGUUUUUAUAUGCUGUGAGCGCUCUUUGUGCAUUUAUCAGAAUUAGACUUAUGUUGUUGUUUUGGGAGUUUGUCAUCAACAUUCUUGAUAAGGAAUGGUGCUAAAAUGAAUGUCACCUUCUGUUUGUGUGAGUACUGGUGAUGUGCUGAAUCAUGGACAUGGAGGGUGAACAUAAAGUGAGGGAGUAUGCCAUCGCCAUUUGAGGAGAUUUGAUUAAAAAAAAGACCAAAAAUGUUUUUUGUAAUAAAAUGAUAUUGCAUGA